AUGUCGUCGACGCCGAGCGCGACGGAGCACGGGAAGCUUGUCGCGAGCGCGGGCGCGUUAUUCGCGCUGGACAAGACGCUCGAGCACGUCCUGAAGACGGCGGGUGUCAAGUUCCCGAGCGCGCUCGUGGGCAUGUUCGGUCUCCUGGCGGUCAUGCUCGUCGCAGAAAAGAUCGCGGGGGAGGAGAAGGCGAACGAGAUCAAGGCUCUGGUCGCCCCUGCGCUGAGUUGGAUCACCUCUUGGUUGCCGGUGUUCUACGUCCCGAGCCUGGUGGUGAUACCGCUGGUGGUGACGAAGAUUGCGCCGGCAGCCCUGGUCAAGGUGCUCGCGAUCGUCGUCGUCGGGUUCGUAGUCACGAUUGCAUUCAGUGCGUACAGCGCGGGGGCGAUUCGUAGGAUGACAGGGACGGAGAUGUUACCGGUGCCGCCGGCAAAACCGCUACCGGCGACGGAGGACUACGUGUACAAGCUGUGGGGAGGUGUCUUGGCCGCGACCGCGGUCGCCGCCGUCGCGACGGGCGCGAACCAGAUGAAGGUGUUCGCCAUGCUUGCGGCCACGGUGUGCUCGUUCCUCGUGGGCAACAUUCCGGACGUCAAAGCGAAAAUGAAUCCGAUUGUCACCACGUCUGUGCUCGCCAACAUUGCCGCCGCGGUGCUCGGCGUCAUGACGGGUGACGGAUGGAUGGGCACGCUUGGUCUGUAUCGCACCGGCGCACCAUUCGCGAUGAGUAACGUCGGUGCGCUGGGCGCCGGCGACGUCUUGAUGCUCUUCCUCGGUAGCGUCAUACUGAGCUUUGCGUUCAAGGUGUUCGAGGCGAGAGCCAUCAUCCAACGUCACGCCGUAGAGAUUUUCGGAUGCCUCGUUUCCACGUCCAUAUUCGCCAUGUUCGCCACGGCGAUCGCGGGCAGAGCGCUUGGUCUGAGCUCUGCGCUCUCCGCCGCCUUGGUCCCGCGUUCGGUGACCGUAGCUCUCGCUAUUCCGGUGACGACUCUACUCGGACAUCCGGAGAUGGUGAGCGUGACAGCCGCCGGCGUCGUCCUCACCGGCCUCAUCGGUAGCUCCCUUUGCAUCACCAUUCUCAACAAGAUUGGCGCCAAGGAUCCAAUCACGCGAGGUCUCGCCACCGCCGCUUCCGCGCACGGUCUCGGUACGGCGGCUCUCGUCGGUAGCGAGCCGGCUGCUCUUCCGUACUGCGCACUUGCGUACGCGCUCAGCGGCAUCAUUUCCAGCGUGCUUGUCGCCAUCCCGAUCAUCCAAAAGGCGCUCGUCGCUAUCAUUGGUGCGUAA